AUGAAACCAUAUAUUGGUACUCCUCUUGUCUUCGGGCUCGUCUACCGAGCCUGGUCCCGCAAGUCCCUUACUCCGCUAGGCCUUGUCGUUGCGGGAUGUUCAGCCUCCGCACACGCCCUCCACCCAUGGUCAGCACCAGUCGCACUGCUGGCGGUAUUCUACUUUGGUGGAACGAAGGUCACGAAGGUAAAACACGAAAUAAAGGCGCGCUUGACACUCUCUGCUACCGGUACGGAGGGUGGAGAAGGUCCCCGGAACCAUAUCCAAGUGCUCGCGAACUCCGUCGUCGCUACUGUACUAUCUAUCGCCCACACAAUUGUUCUGGCCAAAUCAACAGGCACGGAAUCAUGUUUCUCGCUCGGUCAGAAGGCGGCUGAUAUCUUGAUGGUUGGCAUUGUUGCGAACUACGCCGCUGUCGCCGCAGACACAUUCUCCUCCGAACUUGGCAUCCUUUCCAAAUCGAAACCUCGCCUUAUUACCUCCCUCAACCUCCGUGAAGUUCCCCCUGGCACAAACGGUGGUGUUACGAUAACUGGGCUCGGAGCUGGUCUUCUUGGUUCGUUCAUUGUCUCUUUGACAUCUGCCAUUGUGCUUCCAUUUUGCUCCAACGCGGGAAUUAAAGAGCGAGCACUUUGGACUGUAGCCAUGACUCUUUGGGGUGCGCUGGGAAGCGUCCUUGAUAGUGUCCUUGGUGGACUUUUGCAAGCUAGUGUUGUUGAUAAGAGGAGUGGAAAGGUUGUUGAGGGAAGCGGUGGCAGAAAGGUGCUUGUCCAUCCUGCUUCAUUAACGAAAGCCACAGGUGCGUCUCACCCCGUAACUACUGGCAAGGCUGCCAAUGAGGCUACAUCCCGCGGCAGCCAAGGAAAGUCCAAAUUACAAGAAGAAGCUCAUGAAAGCCGCCGUGUUGAGACUGGCCAUGACUGGCUUGAUAAUAACGGUGUGAACGUCCUUAUGGCUACUAUGAUGAGUGUUGGGGCUAUGGGCAUUGCACAGUAUGUCUGGGAACUGAACGUGUUUGAGUUACUUGUUUAA